GAUCUGCAGAGACAAACAGGAAGGUGUGUUUUUGUGGCAGCGGUCUCUUCUGAGUGUUCCUGCUGAGAACGCCUGCUGGUGUGUGAGCAGCGCCGGACACACCAGCUGAAGAUGGACUUCCAUCACAGGAUGGCUCUGGAUAUCUCCACCAAGAACCCUCAGGAGGAUUUUGAGCUGCUGCUGAGAGUCGGAGGAGGAACAUAUGGAGAAGUUUAUAAGGCUCGUAACAAGCAGAGUGGAGAGAUGGCAGCUAUUAAAGUCAUAAAGAUGGAGCCAGAGGACGAUUGUUCAAUCAUCCAGCAGGAAAUCGUCAUUGUGAAGAGCUGCAAGCAUCCCAACAUCGUGGCUUAUUUUGGCAGCUACAUACGAGCCAAUAAGCUGUGGAUCUGCAUGGAGUUCUGUGGAGGAGGAUCCCUCCAGGACAUCUACCACGUCACAGGUCCUCUGUCUGAACAUCAGAUUGCCUACAUCUGCAGAGAGAUGAUUCAGGGUCUGGACUACCUUCAUGCACAGAAGAAGAUCCACAGAGAUAUUAAGGGUGCCAACAUCCUCCUCAACGAUCAGGGCAAGGUGAAGUUGGCUGAUUUUGGGAUCUCGGCUCAGAUCACAGCCACUCUGGCUCGGAGGAUGUCUUUCAUCGGGACGCCAUAUUGGAUGGCGCCAGAGGUUGCUGCCGUCGAGAUUAAAGGUGGCUACAAUGAACUGUGUGACAUCUGGUCUGUGGGCAUCACAGCCAUAGAGCUUGCAGAGCUACAGCCUCCCAUGUUUGAUGUCCACCCGCUGCGAGUUCUGUUUCUCAUGUCUAAGAGCGGCUACCAGCCUCCCAAACUGAAGGACAAAUCCAAAUGGUCGUCUAACUUUUAUAACUUUGUGAAAGCCAUGUUGGUGAGGAACCCAAAGAAGAGACCCAGUGCCUCCAAGAUGCUCUCGCACACGUUCCUGACUCAGCCGUGUCUGAACCAGGAGCUGACCCUGGACCUGCUGGAGAAGUAUCACCAUCCCGAGAAGCUGAAGGCCUGCGCGGCGAUGGAGGAUGAAGAGAUGGAUGUCAUGCAUUCUGCGUCUUUAAAGAGGAUCCAGUCCAUAAACAAACACAACCGGGCCGAGAGGACCAACUCGGACACAAGCUUUGAACAGGUUUACGCUCGGAGGCCGACGUACCGCGGAUCACCAAACGUCACGUUAAGACCAUCGACAGGAUCAACAGACAGCAACAACAGCCCAUCAAGGGAUCCGGACACAGAUUCAGACGACUACGAUGACAUAGACAUCCCAACCAUGCAGCCCGACAGUUUCAUGACGACAGAGAAUGAAACUCCACCUCCACUUCCUCCAAAGCCUAAAGCUCGGACCAGCUCAGAGGAAAGCAUCGCCGGGGAUGACGAUCGAAGCAGGAAGCCCUCCGCUCUUUACACCCCCUCUCCUCUAACCAGGACAUCCAGCGUGACUCAUGUCCGAUCCACUCCCCAUCCCAGAGCCUCGCGACACUCAGACCCGCCAGCCUUACCAGUCCAGUUAGAUGACAGCCUGUCACACGUGAUUCCUCCUGAACUUCCUCCUAAAGACUUCAGAAGACGGAAACCUCUGUCAAAGGAGUUUCCAGAGUGUCCCAGUCCUGUCUUGAGAAAAGCCCCGGUUUUCUUUAAAAAGAUAUUUCAUGGCUGUCCUCUUAAAAUAAACUGCUCUACAACCUGGGAAAUCCCCGCCUCCAAAGAGCACCAUCUGAUCCUGGGAGCCGAGGAAGGGAUCUACACCCUGAACCUCCUCAGCUCCGAUGCCCCAAUGGAGCUGUUGUAUCCCGGGAAAUGUACGUGGGUCUACGCCAUUAAUAACGUCCUCAUGUCCAUAUCAGGGAAAUCUUCUCAGCUUCACUCUCAUUCGCUGAAGGAGUUAUAUGACCAGGCUCGGAGAGACCAGAGGAUGGUUCCCUUACCGACCCACAGGCUGCUGUCCAGAAAAGGCGCGAUAACAUGUAAAGUACCCGAUACCAAGGGCUGCAGGACCUGCACAGUUGGAGAGAAGCAGCAGCAGGGCUGCAGGUUCCUGUGCUGUGCUCUGGACUCCAGCGUGGUUCUGCUGCAGUGGUACGAGCCCAUGCACAAAUUCAUGCUCAUCAAGCAUUUCGACUUCCCUCUGCCCAACCCUCUGCGAGUGUUCGACAUGGUGGUGAUGCCGCAGCACGAGUAUCCCCUGGUGUGCAUCGGUGUGUCCCGAGGGUCCAGCCCCAGCGUGCCAGUCAACGUGGAAUACAUCAACCUGAACUCCAACUCAUCCUGGUUCUUCAAGGCCGAACAGGAGAACCCCUGUUUGGAUGUAGUUCAGGUAAACCAGGUGAACAUGAACGCGCUGCUCGUGCUCAUGGACAGGUCCGUGCAGAUGGUUGGUCUGAAUGGAGAGCAGAAGCUGAACAAACAUGAAGCCACCUUCUCCUAUGAUGUAGAAUCCGUAGUGUAUGCUGAGGACACGCUUUUGGUGGUUUGGCGUCACGGCUGGCAGAGGAGAGGAAAAGGUUUCACUGAAGUGCUGGAGGAAAAAACGGACAAGAAGAAGGUCUACAGGAUGGUGAAGUCAGACAGGACGAUUGUUUUGGAAACCCAUCAGACCACGGAUCAGACGGGUCUGUCCAACCUGUAUCUCCUAGAAAAAGCAGAGACCUAUGUCCAGCUGCCCUGACUCUCCUGCACAUCCACAGAAAACCUCUCGGCAUCGACGUUUGUCCUUUUCAGCCGGUGGAUGAAGUGAUGGCGGGCGUUGUGGCUCCUGUCCCUCCGUCAGAGGGAGCUCGCUCUUAUUUAUGCUCUUUAAACUUUGGGUGAAAAAGACCUGCUAAUGAAACCAAGAGCAGCGUCCCAGCGAUACGGUCACUGCAGCAGCAGCUGUGGCUUCAGGAAGAAACCACGCUGAAGCGCCGCGGCUGCUCAAGUUGAGCUGUGUGACGGGAGUUUGUUGCACCCACCGCUGCUGUCGCUACACUCUAAUAAAGUUCAUUUACACAAGA